AUGACCGAGAAUGCCACAAAUUCCGGCCACAUCAAUUACGAAUCAAUAUUCGCGGUCGCAGUGAGCAGCGCAUUAUGGAGAUUAGGCUACGAGGCCACCAGGUACGUGCUGCCUAAGAAAAACCCAGAGUACUCAUGCAGAAUCAUAUCCUUCGUGCACGGCCUAGUGAUGGCCUUCAUCGGAAUCAACCAGUGCUUCAUGAUAGAUUCUCCCUUUGACCACCCCGAAUGGAAAACCACCUACAUGCAGUCUUUCCUCAUGGUCACCAGCUUGGGCUAUUUUGUUCACGAUCUGGCUUGGUGUCUGCAGCACCAGACCGAAGACAGGCUGAUGAUCGCUCACCAUGUUUAUAGCGUCUGCGCUUUAUUCAGAAUGCUGUUCAAAGGAUAUUCUGGAGCCCAAGCGACUUGUGCUUUGGGAAGCAUGGAACUCACCAACCCCUUUCUUCAAGCUAGAUGGUUCAUCAGAAGUGAAGGGAUGUAUCCGUCUGUACUGUUCACCUCUGUUGAAACCACUUUCAUGAUUGUUUUUAUCGCCAUCAGGAUAGUACUGGGAACUUACUUCAUCUUGAGCUAUUUCAAUCACGAUCUGGCUUGGUGCCUGCAGCACCAGAUUGAAGACAGGCUGAUGAUCGCUCACCACGUUUAUAGCGUCUGCGCGUUAUUCAGAAUGCUGUUCAAAGUAUAUUCUGGAGCCCAAGCUACUUGUGCUUUGGGGAGCAUGGAACUAACGAACCCCUUUCUUCAAGCUAGAUGGUUCAUAAGAAGCGAAGGGAUGUAUCUGUCUGUACUGUUCACCUCUGUUGAAACCACUUUCAUGAUUGUUUUUAUCGCCAUCAGGAUAGUACUGGGAACUUACUUCAUCUUGGGCUAUUUCGUUCACGAUCUGGCUUGGUGCCUGCAGCACCAGACCGAAGACAGGCUGAUGAUCGCUCACCACGUUUAUAGCGUCUGCGCUUUAUUCAGAAUGCUGUUCAAAGGAUAUUCUGGAGCCCAAGCUACGUGUGCUUUGGGCAGCAUGGAACUCACGAACCCCUUUCUUCAAGCUAGAUGGUUCAUAAGAAGUGAAGGGAUGUAUCCGUCUGUACUGUUCACCUCUGUUGAAACCACUUUCAUGAUUGUUUUUAUCGCCAUCAGGAUAGUACUGGGAACUUACUUCAUAAUGAUCAGAUUCAUCAGAACCAACCAUUGUUUCAUGAUCGACUCUUCCUUUGACCAACCCGAAUGGAAAACCACCUACAUGCAGUCUUUCCUCAUGGUCACCAGCUUGGGCUAUUUAGUUCACGAUCUGGCUUGGUGCCUGCAGUACCAGACCGAAGACAGGCUGAUGAUCGCUCACCACGUUCAUAGCGUCUGCGCUUUAUUCAGAAAGCUGUUAAACGGAUAUUCUGGAGCCCAAGCUACUUUGUGCUUUGGAGGGCAUGGAACUCACAAACCCCUUUCUUCAAGCUAG